CGCGCCAUGAAAUUUAAAGGUAGGAGACCCCGACGCGCGGCUUUCGGUUAGCUUCAAGUUGCGGCCGAUCUACCCCUGGUAUUCGUUGGAUAGGAUGCUGAAUGUAACCCACUGAUACAAGCGACAUAUAUAUUGGCUGUCAAACGUUAUUUUCCUUUCCCAAUAUCGGAUCAAUCUGAAAUUCCUUGAGCUGUUUCAGAGAUAAAACGCGUAGUUAGAGACACGUCUUCACAAUAUGCGUUAAUUUACCCACGUCAACAGAGCGGCCUAACGCAUCGUAUAAACUUAACAUUGAAUGAGAUGGACGACUGUGUUCAGUGGCUGAUGUACCAGUUUCAGUGGCUGUACGAGUUGUUGACAAGAGGCAUGUAUGUCGGGUAGAAUAGUCGUACAGGAUAUCACGACGGGUAGUAUGGAGUUGGCAGCGGUAGGAUGGGGUAAGAUACAGAUAGGAGAUGUUAGCAGAGUGGAUGAUUGCAGUAGGAUACAGCAUGUCAGGGUACCCGGAGUCUCGACUGGCGAAGCUGUUCAACGGGAGCAUCCCCAUUGUGUUAGACUCCCUGAAGCAGCAUUACUUCAUCGACAGGGACGGGGGUAUGUUUCGCCACAUCCUGAAUUUCAUGCGCAACUCCAGGCUUCUCAUACCCGAAAAUUUCUCGGACCUGGACCUUCUGCUGGAAGAGGCGCGCUACUUCGACAUUGCCCCCAUGUGCCGGCAACUGGAACAGAUGAAGAAAGAACGCCUUAAAAACUCCGGGUCAUCGAUCAACACGAAGAUCGCGGCAGCGGGACGGGGCACCGGCGACUCCGAGAAUCAUCAGCAGCACCAGCAGCAGUCAUACCACCAGCAGCGCGAGGGUUACGAGUGCGCGGCACUGCAUAUCAGCCCCGACCUGGGGGAGCGCAUUAUGCUGUCCGCUGAGAGAGCCCUGCUCGAAAAAGUGUUCCCAGAGACGAACGAGGCCCUUCUGGAUCCCCGUUCUGGCGUCCCCUGGAAUCAACACGACGACGGACACGUGAUCAGGUUUCCUUUGAACGGCUACUGUAAACUGAACAGCGUACAGGCCAUCACGAGGCUGCUGAACGCUGGAUUCCGGGUGGCUGCCAGUAAUGGCGGGGGCGUUGAAGGCCAGCAAUUCUCGGAGUAUCUGUUUGUGCGCAGAGUGUUUCCCGUGUGACCGCUACAACUUCUCACCUUGAACGACAAUCGUAAAGGAUGGAGCAUCUCAUCUUCCAGUUUGUGCCAUAUGAUCAUAAUUGCGUAUUUUGGUUAUACCGAAUAUGCGUUCUCAUGCUAGUGAUGCAAAGGGGAAGUAAUGUUUUGAUCUUUUGGAUUGAAAUCAUGUUUCUGAAAAGUAUGAAAGAAAGUCUUGUAAAUUUUGAGAAGUCUGUUAAAGUAUUUAUGUUCUGUUGCUACGAGUUUAACAAACCCAUGUUAGAGGAAUGACGUUCUGGUCAUCUUUUUCUGACAGUAAAUUGAAUCGACAAAGGCUAGUUCACAGUGUAUCUUAAACAGUGUCUCUGCAUUUUAUAUUCAUGUGAUGCAACUUAUAGUUUCUAAAUCUGAUGGAGGCAUACUUGGAUUUCUAAGUGCAUGAUUAAGGUAAGACGAUGCUUUUCGUCGUAUCGAAUUGAAGUUAUCAGUGGUAAGGAUCUGUAAUCCGGGUUUGUUCUUAGAUGCCAGUUGUCUCUUACUCAAAAUCUGAGACUAUCGAUCUAUGCCAUCCAUUUUUUUUAAUUUUUGUGUAAAUCAGGCCUCUUCAAUUGUGCCUUAUUUUUAAAUAACAUAUUAAUUGUGCAGCAACUCAGUCUUCUUGAUGAUUCUAAUUGUCUGACUUGUUAUUGUGUGACAUGCUUGUGCACACAAAGUUCAAUAUUGUUUCCCUCCAUGAAAAUUAACCUUUCACAUGUAUGCUGAGGUUAUAUCUUAAAUCAGAUUACAGCUUCUUCCUUCCACAUCAUUUGAAAAUUUGCUAUUCAUUAAUCAUCUUAUCAUUUAAGAUGGUAUAAUUGUAGGAACAGAAAGUAUUAAAUAAACCAAGAAAAACAUGUUUAAAUGAUCCUAGCGAGCGUACAAGAACUUGUGAGACAACUUUCUAUCAAAUGCUGCAGUUUGUAUCAUGAUUCUAGUAGGAACUAUAAAUUAAUAAUUACACAAUUUACGUAUCUGUUUCUGUGUAUACUUUCCAAUUGUAACCUGAAAAUCCGAUCCCUCCAUGUUUGUAACUUUGAAGAGAUAAAAAUGGUUCAUAAAUUAUUUUUUACAUUUAUGAUCUAUCACCACAGAAUUUCAGUGGUCUGAUAAUUAUGGUCAAUGCUAAUUAAUUACACGUGGCUGCCACAUAGUUACUUGUUUUAAUUCCCAUAUAUAAAAUCGUUGUUUCUUUGUUCCUUGAGACCAUCUGCCACUGCUUGAAGUGCAGUGUGAACCAGCCACAAUCAAAAUUCAAUAUUCAGACAGUAUUUUUGGUUUGUCUUGUGGAUCCAAAUAAAAUUAUAUUUAUCAGAUUACAUUACGACUGGGGCUGUAAAGAAUGAUGUAAAAAUGUUUGUCAUAUUUGUUUUAUGUAUGACAGAUACAAUAUCACCCCCUUACAUCGAAGUAUGGAAGGAAAGGACAAUUUCAUCCUGAAUGUGGUUGAUAAUGUUUCAAUUUAUAAUUUAAAUGGCCACGAAAGAAGUUCCAAUAACUAACAUAUAUUUGUACAUAUAAAAAGACUAAAUUUUUACUUCUUUUUAAUCAUAGAAUUUUUCUAGAUCGUAAGUUUUCUUCUUUUCUCCCUCCAUAGUUACAUUCUCCAGGAUUUCACAGUGUCAUCAUACAAUGAUUCUCAUAACAUCAUUGUAGGUAGUUUGUCAGAUAUAACUACAGUCUUAAUACGCACCUCUCAAAAAAUUUACAAAGACUCAGAUUGUACUUAAUGUGAUUUAUAUUGCACCUUAAAUUCGAUUAAUAUUGAUGAUGGCACGGUGGAUACAAAUAAAAGAAAUGUGCUGGAGUGACCUUUAAAGUUAUUACCCAACUUUGGGGGUGUGCACUCAGUCCAUAAAAAAUAUAUGUAAAUCAUAAAAUGGACAAUUUUACAAAAUUCUGAUCUCAUAUGCUGGGUUUACCCGAAAUGGGCUGUGAACUCUUAAAUUUAUGGACUGAGUUAAACAUGCUGAAAAUACAAGCUAAUUUUUUUGGAUGCGUAAGAGCGGAGUUUGUUGAACUGGUGGCGUGUAUAAUCGGACCGACCGAGAAUAAAUGGAUUAAUAGACUGUUCUAAGUGGAAUUUGACAAAUCCUAAUCUUUUCAUUGUUCAAAUAUCAUAUUUGUGUAAAAUAUUUAGAAUUACAAGAUCAACCUAUAUGAUUUGUUUUAAUUAAAUAUUAUAAAUAUAUAAAAGAAUAAAAAGUGCCAACCUGUA